AUGAUGGGGAAACGAACUCUCACUUCGUCUGCUGGAUCCUCAAUAAGAAGAUUUGAAGAUGAAGACAAGAAUUUAGAGGCAUUUUUGAAUGAAAUUGAUUCCGAUGAAGAUUCUCCUAAAAAAGUGAGAAGUGCAGCAGCAAGAACGUCAACAUCAAAUUAUGUGCAAAAUACCACUGAAUCUGUUCGAAGUUUUCGUGGUCUAGGAAUUCCUUCUUCCACACCUCCGAAUAAUAACCUCUUUAACUCUAUCAAAUCGGUUGGAAGCGACUACAAUCAAUUUACCUCUAAAGAGCUACUUUCGAAAAGUGGAACAUCAGACGCUUUUUCAUCAGCAGAUUAUAAACAAAUGUUAAAUAGUGGCUAUCAAAAUAGUUCUGGAAAUUACAACACCCUUAAAAGCACGGCCAAGUCUGCAGUGACAGUUUCAACAAUUCCAGCUGCUGAUGAUAUUGACUCAUCGUCAGAAGGACGAGUGUUUGAAAAUUUAGACGAUCUCGGAUAUGGUGACGAAGAGCUUGUCCUCAGUGAUGAUCAAUCAUCGACUCUAAAAUCAACACUAAAAUCUAGUGACAGCUUUCCUGUAUAUUCAACAUCCAAAACUGAUAGUUUAAAUAUUCUAACAAACAAACAACCGAACAACACCAAUCAUCACAUUUCGUUAUCUCAGCCAACGAAGCCAAACAAUGAUCAAUCAAAUUCCUCUGUCAAACCUAACUCUCCAAAAAAAACAUUUUCACAAUCACCAAAAGAAACGAAAACCAGUACAUGUCAGACUAGUAGUGACAUUAUGAAAGAUAUUGCUGAGAAGGAUGGCAUGAUCAAUAUUUUAAAAAAGGAACUUCAACUGAAGGAGCAACAAAUUUUACAAUUGCGGACUGAGAUGGAAAUUGAACGAAGGCAAAAAUAUAAUGUUGCUGAUGAAUCUAUUCAAGCUAUUGUCGACCAAUAUGAUAAAUUUAUUCAAGUGAGAAUAGAAGAAAACAAUGACAAGGAAGUUAUUGAAGGUUUUCAAAAAAUUAAAGCUCGAAAUCAAGAAUUAGAGAUGGAAUUAAUGGACAAGCAAGAGGAAAUUGAACAAUUACAUUCAAGGAUUAAAACCAUGAAAACGGAAUUGGUGAGCACUCAAAAUGAAUCUAACCCUCAAAUAUUUCAAAAACAAAUUUCCAAGCUCACAAAACAGGUAACCGAGCUUCAAGAAGAAAAUUUAGCACUGAGGGAUGAAAUUCAAAAACAAAUGGAUGUUAUCAACUUCAAUUCUCAACUAGAAAUUGACGACAAGGAGUUGAAUCAAACAUCGAAAAGCGUGGAGGAUGAAAACGAGCAAUUAAGAAGACAAAUUGCAAAUAAUGAGAAGUUUUUAAUUGAGUACCAGAGACAAAAUGAAAAACUUGGAAAAGAAAACCGAGAGUUGCACAAUGAAAUUAAAAAGCUCAGAAACGAUCUUGGAACCAUUAAUCGGAAGAAAGCGCUUGGAGAACAUACGACCUCCGACACACAGUCUAAACUUCAUUCAAAAAUUAAGGAACUUCAAGAACAGCUUCACCAUGAACGAGAUACUCAUUCCAGAAGGGAGGCAGAUUUACUUGAUCAAAUCGAGAGAGUGAAAAAGUCAAAGGAGGAACUGGAAAAGAAUUUGCAAAUGUUGGAUCCCAAAAAACUUGAAAAUCAACACAUUUUUAUGAAGUCCGUGGAAGAGAAAAUUCAAAAUGCUGAAAAGGUGUAUAAUGAGAAAAUGAAAGAACUGUGUACCCGUCUUCAAGCGCAAAAAGAAAUGGAGGAGCAUUAUGAACAGCAAGAAGAAACCAUAAAGCACCAAGAUAGACAGUUGUAUAACCUGAAAAAUAGAAUUCGUGAUUUAGAAACGACUCUAUUUGACAUUGAAUCGAGGUUGAAAGAGAAAGAAAGAGAAUCUAGAGACUUAAAGAAUGAGAAUGCAGACCUGUGGAAAGAAAAAAAAGAUUUCCACAAGUUAAAGGAAAGAAUAUCAUUUCUUGAAACAGAACUAUCAUCCAAAGAUGAAAAUAUCAACUCACUUACUCAAGAAUUAGAAAAAACGAAAUUGGAAAAUGAAAAGAAGAUGAAUGAGCUUUCUAUAAAGUCCAAGAAAGUAGAAGCUCUCAAAGACAGAGAAAUGGAGACUAGAUUGAAAGAGUUGAAAGAUUUUUACAUCAAAAAACAAAAUGAGCUGAAUAAUACAAUCAAAGAGUUGAGCAGAGGAAAGAAGAUUCCUCCUCCAAAAUCACCUGGAAAAGCUCAACACGAUCCUGCUGUGGUAUCUCAUGAUGUCAAGAAUGAUGACAAGAAAAAUGAUGGCAUAAAUGUAGAAUUUUUAAAGGAUGAGUUGAAUGCCAAACAGUUGGUGAUUGAAGAGCUGAAUGCAAAAAUAUCCGAGUUAGAAAAGCUUCAUCAACAACAGCAAAAUCAGAAUACAAGUGUUAUUUCUGAUGGAAAGGGAUUUGAAGCCAAGGUGGCAGAGGAAAGUGAGCUAUUAUUUGAAAUCAGAAAAUUACAAAAAGAAAAGGAAGAACUCGAACGAAAACUUGAAGUAUCCGAAAUGAAUAAGGAAUAUAUUAAGGAAAAUGCCAAAGAACAAGUCAAGACUGCUUUUGCAGAAAUGAACGAACUGAGGGAAAAGCACAAACUAGUCAUCAAAGAUCUAGAAGAGCGACACGUGCAAGAGAUGAAUUAUCAAGAACGAUUGUUCAAAGAAGAAAUAGAAAGUUACAAGCAUAUUAUUGAGAACACCACAAAGGUGAAUUCCAAGCAAGAACAAAUAGUAGAGGAUUCUUCUGAAAAUUCUCGCAUUCUCAUGUUACGUCAACUUGCGUCACGUCUUGAAAAUAUUGAGAGUAAGCACAAAAUUAAGGAAAUGGAAUUGGAACGAGAGCUCAAUGAGACCAAGUAUAGAUACGAAGUGAAAAUUACAUCCUUGAAGCAGCAAUUGGAGUUAACCAUUCAACAGAAAAAUCAACAAGUCUUACAGUUGAAGACUUCUCUCGAUAACCUCGUUUCUACUCUUCACAAGUUGAAACUUGCUCAAAACGAUCAUCACGUGUUCAGCAUGGUGUAA